AUGAACGUUGAGGGCGAUGAACCUUACUUGAAGGCGGUGGCCCAAGAGAAUGACGCAGAUGUUGCAGAGGACGGUGAUGCCCAGCCAGCUGAAGCUUUAGAAGCAGCUGAACUGGCCAAACGAGUCGAAGCCGUGGUGCCAGUCAAACCGGUCGAAGCCGCAAAGGCAGCUGAACCUGUGAAGAUUCCGAGACUAGAAUCCACUGCAACCAAAUUACUCAACUCUUCUCGAGCAACCCGACUGUGUCGUGUUGGAUCCGACGUUACAAAUAGCAGCAGUGCCUCACACCAACAGACAUCAACACCAAAGAAUACGGUCGACUCGAGGGAAUGA